CAUUAAAUGCAACUAAUUUUGAAUCGAAUUAAAUUAGUAGUUUAUUUAUUACUCCUAUUGCAAAAUUUAAACUAUAGUAUCAAUACAGUUCUUUUCUGUGUUUUCUCUUAGCCAUGUCUCUCUCACUCACAUACACACUCUCUAUUCAACAGAACCAUAUUUGUACUCAUUCACUAUCUGUUCUCUUUGAGUAUUGUUUUACCUUUCUUAUCUCUGCUUAAAUUUUAGUCUUCCAUUUUUUAUUCAUUUUUCGGUGGUCCAUUAUCUCUUCUUCUUACUUACAUUUCAUACUAUUUCCAUUUCCAUUUCCAUUUCAUUCUAUUCCGUGUCAUGCUUCUACUUCCCAAAUGAUCGUUUAGUGUAUGUGAAAAUGCCUCAAAGGUAUAAAAGACCUCUCUAGGAUCACUUCUUGAGGAAUCUUUGGCAUAAGGUUAUAUUUUUAGUUUAGUCUUAUAGAAAAUUAAGCAAACUAGUAAGAGCCAAAAAAUCUUUGAUGGUUAUGGUCAUUGAGUGAAAUCUGUGUUGUGUUGAGGAAGGAAAUUUUAGUUGGAUUAUUAGUUUAGUGGCGGUGAUGAGUCGAGAACAAAAGAAGCGAGGGAAUCAUGACAAAGUUUCUGAUGGUGCUGAGAAGGUUAUUGUUGCUGUCAAGGCAUCAAAAGAAAUUCCAAAGACUGCUCUUGUUUGGUCUCUGACUCAUGUUGUUCAACCCGGAGAUUGCAUUACAUUGCUAGUUGUUGUACCUUCACAAUGUUCAGGCAGAAGAUUAUGGGGUUUCCCUAGGUUUUCUGGUGACUGUGCUAGUGCACACAGGAAGUCAACUUCGGGAGCUAGUUCAGAGAACAAGAAUGAUAUCACUGAUUCUUGCUCUCAAAUGAUCCUUCAGCUCCAUGAUGUCUAUGAUCCAAAUAAGAUAAAUGUCAGGAUUAAAAUAGUUUCUGGAUCACCUUGCGGAGCAGUGGCCGCUGAAGCCAAGAAAGCUCAAGCCAAUUGGGUCGUAUUAGAAAAACAGCUCAAGCAUGAGGAAAAACAAUGCAUGGAAGAGUUACAGUGCAACAUUGUGGUUAUGAAGCAUUCCCAAGCUAAGGUACUUCGCUUGAAUUUGGUUGGAUCACAAAAAAAGAGUAUCGAAGAAACACUUCCAUUACCUUCUGAGGAGCAUGAGAUGAAUGGAAAACAACCCAAGAAGAAGAUUGGUUCUUUAAAGUCCGUAAAAGGAACAGUUGUCACGCCAACUAGCAGCCCUGAGCUAGAGACGUCAUUCACAGCAACUGAAGUUGGCACUUCAUCGGUGUCAAGCUCUGAUCCUGGAACUUCGCCAUUUUUUGUCUCUGAGGUCAUUGCCGAGUCAAAGAAAAAAGAAACUAUCAAAGAAAAUCAAGGAACUGAUGAUACUAUUUCUGACACAGACAGUGAAAAUUUGUCCACAACUUCAGCAAGUUUGAGAUUUAAGCCAUGGAUCGCAGAUUUAUUUUUACAUAAACAAUCAUCUCAACGCGAAGAAGAAAGGUUGGAGAGAUCUUAUAAUAGGCUUCAAAUGUCCACAACUAGAGCUUUGCUAGAAAAGUUCUCGAGGCUCGACAGAGAAGCUGAAAUCGAAAUCUCAUCCUAUAAGACCGACUUGGAAUUCAGUGGAAAUGUAAGAGAAGCAGUAGCCUUAUCUAGAAAUGCUCCACCUGGCGCACCUCCAUUAUGUUCAAUAUGUCAACACAAGGCUCCUGUUUUUGGAAAACCUCCAAGAUGGUUCAGUUAUGCCGAGUUGGAGCUAGCCACUAGUGGAUUUUCACCAGCCAAUUUCUUGGCAGAAGGAGGAUAUGGAUCUGUUCACCGAGGAGUUCUGCCAGAUGGGCAAGUUGUAGCUGUCAAACAACAUAAAUUGGCUAGUUCUCAGGGUGAUGUUGAAUUCUGCUCAGAGGUAGAAGUCCUGAGUUGCGCACAGCAUCGGAAUGUCGUUAUGUUGAUUGGGUUCUGUAUUGAGGAUAAGAGAAGGCUGCUGGUUUAUGAAUACAUAUGUAAUGGAUCAUUGGAUACUCAUUUAUAUGGGAGACAAAGGAAACCAUUAGAAUGGUCUGCAAGGCAGAAAAUUGCUGUCGGAGCUGCUCGGGGGUUGCGAUAUCUUCAUGAAGAGUGCAGAGUGGGAUGCAUUAUCCACCGCGACAUGAGGCCUAACAACAUUCUCAUCACUCAUGAUUUUGAACCACUGGUUGGCGAUUUUGGACUGGCAAGGUGGCAGCCUGAUGGAGACACUGGAGUGGAAACUAGAGUUAUUGGAACGUUUGGGUAUUUGGCUCCUGAAUAUGCUCAAAGUGGACAAAUAACUGAAAAGGCUGAUGUUUUUUCCUUUGGAGUGGUAUUAUUGGAGCUUGUGACAGGGCGUAAAGCUGUGGAUAUAAACCGGCCCAAGGGUCAGCAGUGUCUUACUGAGUGGGCACGACCACUGUUAGAAGAAUGUGCCAUUGAGGAACUGAUUGAUCCAAGGUUGGUAAGUCACUAUUUAGAACAUGAGGUGUCUUGCAUGCUACAUGCGGCAUCAGUAUGCAUAAGGCGAGAUCCUUGUUCUAGACCACGCAUGUCACAGGUUCUGCGAAUUCUAGAGGGCGACACAGUCAUGGAAACGCCGCGUCAUUACAGUGGUUCCCCUUCCCUGUGAAGAACUAAACUACACGCCUACCUAUUGCAAAAACGGUUUGCCAUGAAAAUUGCAUUCUUGUUGUGCUUUUGGAUUUUGUAGUUUACAUUUCUAUAUCUCCGCAACACAACAUAAUUUUGCGUAUCUGUAUAGUAGAGGGAACGUAGGAUAAGCAUGGUACUAAAUGUAUAAAUAUAUAGAAUAGAAGCUAAAACCCUUGAAAUUCUUUAAGAAAUUAUGUAAACAUGUGCCUGUAUAAAUGGCCUUCAACAAACUCGAGAUCUGCAUAGUAUGUGGCUCUUCUGUCCACUUCAAGUGGAUAAAAAGUUUGUUGUAAACUCUCUCUAUACCUUUCUCUACAAUGCUUAUAUGUGUUUACACUCA